UUUGAUCCUCAUUGCUCUGUUUUUUCAUAACAAAAGUAGUAGGGCACCUCUGAGGUCAUGGGCUAUUACACUGAAGUUGGGUCUAAAUUUAACGAAAGCCCAAAGUACAAUUAUUUGAGUGUGUUUUCUUUUGCUUACAUGUACUGAAUUCUGUAUUGGGUCGCUAAUUAUUUUAAACUCGGGUCAUCUCUGGAAAGAAGUUAUUGUUGGAAAGAAGGUAUUAUAUUGUUGCUGUGAGGAGCCUAUAGCAAAGACUUCGCAACAAGAAGACAUCCAUGGUUGAGGAGAGCAAAUGUUCUUCCUUAUGUUUUAAAUAGAUGUAUUAAAAGUGUUUAUAUAAUGCUUAUUAUUUUAUUUUAUUUUCAACUAUUUAAUGCUCAUUUUAUCUUCUAUUGUUUGUAUAUAUAGUUAUAUAACCAGGUUUUCUGGUAUCCAAGGAUUAGUAGUUAAUUUGAAAAGAAGACAAUUAAUACCUCAUCAGACCAUAUAAUUUAUUAGUUUACAUUUUAUUUUCAAUUCGUUUUGACUUCAGAAUAAGUAACCACCUGUCUCUUAGAUUUGUCAACUACCUGUCUAUUACAAGCAUGCUUCAGUCUUUAUAUUCCAAUUUCCAAGCAAAUAGAAGUUUUAAGAUUUGUAAUUUUCUUUAAAAUAUGUGAUUUUCCGAUAGUGAUGUUAUAUUUAUAUACAAAUUGCGUUCUCCUUUAGUGGAUACAUAAGCCAUCACAUUAUCUUCUGAGAAAAAGGAAGUCCAUCAUUUUCGAAGAAAUGAAAUUCGUCAUAUAGUUUUUACCUGAAAGAAAUAAAAGCUUUAUCUAACUUUAUCUUUUCCAUUGCUUUUCCAAAAGAACGAAAAAGCCAACAUAUUUCUUUAGCAAAGAAAUCGUAAAGAGAAGAAAAAAUGAAAAGCAAGAACAGACAUAUUUAGAUCUUAUUAUGACAAAUUAAUGGGCUAAAAUAACAAUAACAAAUAGUAUUGCGAACUUAAGCUUUAUCAAUCCACUAUUACGUAACUAAAUGAAGCUGUUUCAACCAUUGUUAUAGUAUCGCUGUAAAGAAAACAAAGAGAAGGGUGACGUUUAAGAGUUUAAGACAAAAUACAAUCAGGAAAAAACAUAGCUCGGUUCGGAGUCUCUUUGGUCUUUUGCUUAACUUCUUUUGGUCAGUAAUGACGUUUCGAAAUGUCGUUUGAAGAUAAUUACUGUAAAUCAGUUAAUGUAUAUUUUUGCGUGGUAAGAGAUUCUACGAUCGAAUAUAAAAUUAAUAGGUAUAAAUGGUUACUGUUUUGGAUCAAACUGACUUUUCUAAAUGAAGACGAAAAAAGUAUUGUCAGUGUGCGCUCGCCGCUCGAACGUGUUAGCAGAAAAAUUGUAACCAAGACCCUCAGGCAAAGUACGAUCAUGCAUGGUUACAAACUUACAAUAAGCGACAAAUAUUCGCAGGCAUCAUCGCCUGCGUCAAUGUCAAAUAUCCAUUCACGCAAAUGAGUGGGGCGCUAAAGAGAACUAAAUAUAUUUUUCUUUGGAUAAUGAAACAUAAUAAUAAUAAUUUUAAAAAAUCUUAUAUUAUUCGAAAACAGUUACAAAAUUUCUAUAUAUACCGGUUUCUUCCUUCAAUCAAUCAUGCAUACUCAAAACCACUUAAAGAGGAAGAGCGAGGUAAGAAAAGAAAACAAAGAGUAGAGAGAGUUAUUGAUUAUAUUUUAUAAGUAAUUAUUUUGCAGUUGGUUAAUUAUGGGUUAUUGCGAUGGUAAGUGGACGCCGGUAAUUAUUAUGAUUACGAUAAACUCAGCGCUAGGCUUAGGUAAUGCUCUGGUCAAAAAGGUACUCGAUGGUGGUGUUAAUCAUAUGGUUAUAGCAACAUACCGGCUCGCUAUUUCUACCUUAUUUUUGGCACCAAUCGCAUUUUUCUGGGAACGGACAACAAGACCGAAACUUACGCUCAACAUCUUGGUUCAGCUUUUCUUCAGUGCUCUUGUUGGGGCAAGUUUGACUCAGUAUUUCUUCCUACUGGGGCUAUCGUACACAUCGGCUACGAUAGCAUGUGCUUUUAUUAGUAUGUCACCUGCGGUUACGUUCGUUUUAUCUUUAGUAUUCAGGGUAGAGAAGCUAAACAUGAAAAGCAAAGCAGGUAUGGGGAUGGUGAUGGGCACUUUGAUAUGCAUUGGAGGAGCCUUAUUACUAACAAUGUACAAAGGUGUUCCCUUGACAAAAUUUCACAAACUAGAAUCCCAUCUAUUGACGAACCAUAACCCCGCAUUGAAACCCGAGAACUGGAUCGUCGGAUGCGUGCUUCUCUUCGCGGGUAGUAGCUGUUUCGGGUCGUGGAUGCUAAUACAAUCCAAAGUGAACGACAAAUACCCUUGUCAAUACUCAAGUACCGUCGUAUUAUCUUUCUUCGGCACCAUUCAAUGCGCCCUUUUAAGCCUCAUCAAAUCUAGAGAUAUCACGGCUUGGAUCCUCACAGAUAAACUGGAUAUCAUGACCAUUGUUUAUGCAGGAGCAGUAGCACAAGGAAUAUGUACAGUGGGAACAUCUUGGUGCAUCAGAAAGAGAGGACCUAUCUUUACUUCAGUUUUCACUCCGGUGGGGCUUAUCUUCGCAACUCUAUUUGAUUUCUCGAUCCUUCAUCGUCAAGUUUGCAUUGGAAGUGUUAUCGGAUCUGGGAUUGUAAUCUUCGGACUAUACAUAUUUUUGUUGGGAAAGGUAAGGCAAAUGGAGGAAGAGUGUGCAAAGAAGUUGCCUUCUCAUUUUGGUCAAGAAGAAAGCCAAGAUGAUGAACACUACAAAAAGGGUCAUCUUAUGGUUGUUCCAAUGACUCCUUGAUAUAUAUAUAUAUAUAUAUAUAUAUGCUCAGACCUCUCCUUUUGUUCUUCACUCUAUACAAUAUGUUGAAAGUAAUAAUUUCAAGCAUAAAAGCCAACCAAGGCUAUUAUCAAUUUGGUACAGAACUUUCCUCUUUGAUUCUAUUUAAUCUGCAUACCUGCUGCAUCCAUAAAUAGUGAGCCCAUCCACAAGUGAACUACAUGGACGUAGUAGUCCAACUGGUCAACAAGCUGCAUCUUCUUUAUUGCUUGUGUAUCUAUCUUUUAUUGUAUCCACAAGUUUAAGUUUAUUUUAAAAUAUUUAUACAUUGAUGUGUGUUGGUUUAGAUUAUUUGCAUACCCCAUCUAUGUACGAUAUUAUGAUUCUAGUUGUUAUGCUAUUAUGUAUUUUAAAUUUACUUUAUUAAUUA